ACUUUAUACUUGAGCACUUUAACGUGAACUGUUCCAUUGAACGAACGCAGAUAGAGAGCGGAAUAUCCGAUUAUAUACAAGUUCACUAACGUGAAGUUGUUCCUUCUGCUACUUCGAACCUAUUAAAAAGACGAUAACAAGGACAAGACAAGUGUCAGUGAUUAAAUGCAUGCAGUCUGUUCAUCAGUGUGAACUAACUGCCUAUGGAAGGAAUUGAUCGUUGUCGAAUUGCGGUGAAAUAUUGACCGGAAAAAUUCCGAGCAAAGGGUUGAAACUUUUCGAGUGGAUUUAUCAGAGGAAUAUUGUGCACUUGCAGUGAUUUGUGACUGAGUUUCUUGUGCCAUUUAUUUGAGUGUGGUUGCUUCUGGUGAUUGAAAGACUGUUGAUUUCAAGAAAAUCCAGCUUAAAUGAUCCAGCUAGAAAUAAGAUUCACGAACCAAAUGGUUGGCUUAGAGGACCACAUAGAUCCGCAUAGAAAUCCCUGUUGAAUUCAAGAAAUUUUCAUGUAGAUAAAAGGUUGACAGAAAAUGCAAGCUGUAAAACAAAUUUCCCUGUUAAUAUUUCUCUUCGUUUGGACGAUAGCCAGGUGUUUUCCUCCUAUACCUCUCAACGAGAGGUCCACAGAGAAAUUAACAUACGAGGCGUAUUUGUUGAUUGAGGAGAGUUUGAACCAGCAGAAGGACAGCACUCUCGAACGAAGAAUCAAGGAGAAAUCCAUAUUCAUAGCACCUAUCAUCAGUCCCGAGAACUCUCCUGAGUGCGGUAACGACAGAUGCAAGAAAUUAAUGCCGAAAAAAGAGAUACCCCUGGAGAAUUUGCUUCAGUUGAUCAAUCAGCAGUACGGUUUUAUGGAGGAGAAUGAGGAAGACAUAACCACUGGUCCCCUCUACAUAAAUAUCCCUCUUAAGGCAGUUCAGGAGGAAACUGAUCUCACGAUGUUGAUAGCUCCAACCAAAAACGCAGCAUUGGAGAUGGAGAUAGACAACAACAGAACACCGAGUGAAGAAAAAGUCAAUAUGGCUGAUAUCGCCGGAAUCCUCGGCAUCAAAAAAGUAGGAGAAUCAGAAACAGUAACUUCCAGUACAACAGAUGCUAUAACAAGAGAAACGACAACGGAAACUACAACUGUGAACACACAAGGUUACACCACGGAAACUAACGCUCUAUUCUACGAUGCCAAGAGACAAGUAGAGCUGAAAACGGACUCUACAACAAUGACCUCGACAACAGCAAACACAGGCUCUACAGAGGACUUUGCCGGAGAAAGCACAACGGAAAAACCAAAUGCCCAAGAUAGCGAACUCACUCUAUAUCAAAUGGACCAAGCUCUCCCUUACCCUGACUCAUCAGUUUCCUUUGUCGACGUCAAAAGGGAAGCUGAAACCUUCAAAGAUAAACCGAUGAUGAGUGAAAAAACUUCGGAAAGGCCUCCCACAGUUUUCACAGUCAGAUCGACUUUGAUAGUGCCCAAAAAGGAUCCACUGCCACCUAUACCUCUACCCAGAGUAUCCACGCCGACACCUUUCACUUUACCGACAGCUUCUGCAAUAUUCACACCAAUAGACAAUGUGCUGAAUAUGGAGGACAACACGAAGACUAUUUUCUCGGAGGGAUUCCAGAGACCAACUCACGAUUCCUUGUUUGGCGUAAAUAAGAAGUUUUUCCCUAAGGUUAAGGAUACUGAUGGCUUUUUCACGACUAGACCAUCAGAAACCACAUCGGAGGCAGUCGAAUAUACCAAAAAAAUCACAAAUAGAGUAGUAUUUCCGACAGUCAGUACUACUCCCACCAGUACUAGAACCUUUAUGGUUAGAUUUCCUAGUGCAUCACACCAUGUAAGGUUCCCAGCAUCUUCAUCGUCAGCCAUACCCACCACCCCAUCUGGUAUUUCCGAUAAUUAUGGAGAACAGUCAAGGACCUCGAAUCCUCCGAUUGAUAGAGGUGAUACCCUCAAGAAUAUCCCAGAAGUUAAUCUUACCUACGCUAUUCCCAUCCAUGUGAAUCUAACCUCUUUAUACGAGAGGAUUAAAGCGCAAAGGGAAAAUCACAGAAAUAGGGACAAACACAGUGAGUGGUUCCAUCUUCCAACAAAAUGGUGGGACACGUCUCAGAGACCCCCUGUACUGAGGAUUUCCAAGAAGAAUGGCCACAUGGAUGUCCAGGAAGUAAGCCCUGACAAUUUCUUCAGGCAGUUCAACGCCAGAUCUUUUGGAUUAAAACCUGCAAUACAGAGAUGAUAAUGAGUCAUCAUUGCAGCUGUCAAGCUGCUUUGUAUAUAGACCUACAAAUGUUUUAGUUUGUACUUAUAGUCUGAACAGUACCUUAUGAUUUUCUCAAGUAUUAUUGAGUAGAGCUGUUGUCGAAAGUUGGGGCAGUUAUUGUAGAAGAACCUGUAAACUUCUUCAGCGUGUUGGAAUCCCUUGUUGUGAGAAAACUGUUUAAUUAACAAAGUUGUAAGAGCUUGAGAACGGUAGGAGUAUCUAUUUUACAGAUGCCUUAUGUUCCCUUUUGAGUGGCAGGUCCACGAUUCGUUUUAAAAUUAGGAAAAAACGAAAAGGUAUCCUGAAAUUGAGAAAGAUUUUCCUACAAUACCUGCAGCAAUUUGUCUGUAGACUUGGUGAUUCUAACUUUUGAUAGCCAGCUCAGUAUAUUAUUUAUAUAAUUUACAGAAAAUUAUGACUACUUACCUCACAAAUUAUAUUAUAUUUUAUAUAAUUCAUUAUGUUAUUAUUUUCAGUGAUACAUCACAUCUUGUAACUUAUUUUCUUACUUUAAUACUGUUCACGAAUUUUGCUCUGGUUCCUAGACUUAAAAUAUGUGUAUUGAAUGGAAAUAACUGUAGAUGUUUCACAGAAAGCCUAAAAAGAAGAAAAUGUGACCCCCCAUAUAUCAGUGUAUUGAAUUUAACAUUUAUUUAUCUUCUCCUCUUUUAUCUCUUCAUCGAAUUGUAUUAUAAUUAUUAUAGUCAUGUAUAUAAUCGAUUUUACUCAUUAGAUUAAGAUUUAAUUUAUUGUUUUCCUCUAAAUUAGCACAAAAUUACUUAUGAUAUUCAUUUUCGUAAUGAUCCCAAAGAACUUCCAGUAAAACAAAUUUCAUAUAUUGGCGGGAGUUUGAAUUAUAUUGAAACAAAAUAUCUAAGGACACUGCUAUGCCAAAUCCGAUAAAGCUAUAAUAAGAAUGAACUUUAUGCUAGAUCCUAGUUCUCGAUGUUAUUUCAGGGUAUACAGCAGACAAAUAAAUAUAGGGAAGUAACUAUACAGAGGUUUUUCCUGGAAUUUUUUAUUGCUAAUCUUUUUUCCAAAUUUUUUCAUUUAAAAUAUCUUAUAUGGCUUCCACGGAUAUCGAAGGACUUUUUCAUUCUCAAAAAUGUCUGGUUUUACAAAAGAUUAAAAAACCCAGGGAAUAUUCAUGAAAAAUAAUCAAUUUAUGAGUAUUCAAGAUGAAAAAAAAAUUACUUAAUUGUCAGCUUAGAUCAAAUGAAUUCCUAUCUUGUGUAAAAUCAUUCUCUACAAUCUUAUAUGAUUUGAAACUUAAAAUAAAUAUCCGUUUUUCUCAAUUUAACAGAAGAAAAGUUUUGUGUUUAUUUGUUGUAUGUGCCAGUAUGUGAAUAAAAUUUAAAAAAAUUGGC